AUGCAAAUAUCUUUGACAAUACUGUUAGCAGUGGCUGGUGCAACGUUCGCAGCUCCUUCUGAUCUUGGUCGUGGCCAUCACCACCACCACCAUCACCAUCAUAAGACAAAGGCGCCUCGUACAUCCCGAGGAAUAGCAACUACAACAUUUGCACCGACAUCGUCAGAUUUACCUAUUGCUGGAUCGUCAUCUGCACCAGUCAUCGCAUCGUCCGCUGAUCCAAUCCUGCCGACAUCAGUUGUUCCUCAGCCAUCCAACGAGCCAUCUCCAGGUACUGUAGCCCCAUCAGAUGAACCGUCUCCAUCUGGACCACCAUCACCAGGACCUGUAAAUCCAUCCGAAGAUCCUCAACCAUCUGGCCCACCAUCUCCGGGACCAGUGGACCCAUCCGAAGAUCCUCAACCAUCUGUAGAGCCAUCCGAAGAUCAUCAACCAUCUGGCCCACCAUCUCCGGGACCAGUGGACCCAUCCGAAGAUCCUCAACCAUCUGUAGAGCCAUCCGAAGAUCCUCAACCAUCUGGUCCACCAUCUCCAGGACCAGUCGAUCCAUCCGAAGAUCCUCAACCUUCUGGAUCAUCAUCUCCAGGACCAGUGGAUCCAUCAGAUGAACCGUCUCCAUCUGGGCCACCAUCUCCGGGACCAGUAGAUCCAUCAGAAGAUCCUAAACCUUCUGAACCACCAUCUCCAGGGCCAGUAGAUCCAUCAGAUGAGCCAUCUCCAUCUGACCCACCAGGACCGCCAGGACCGCCAGGGCCUCCCACCAGACGCCCUCCAGGACCUCCAGGACCCCCAACAAGGCGCCCGCCAGGUCCACCUGGACCCCCAACAAGACGCCCGCCAGGGCCACCAGGGCCACCACAUCACCAUGAUCAUGGACAUCAUGGACACCAUGGGCAUCAUUUCGAUCAAGAGCAAUUGUAA